AUGCUGAGCACCUUAUUGCUGCUUAGCCUCUCUCUCCCCACUUUGUGGACCCAGGUAUUAAUCAGCUGUACCUACAAGAGUCUCUGCCAGCGGGCCCUCCUCUCGGGCAAUGAUGUUGCCCUGCAUUGUGACGAUCCAAAGGCAGUCUGGUACUUCUCUUCCAUUCUGGAGGAGGAUCCCUUGCUGGUCUCCUCAAUGCCUAACGCCAAGAAACUGCCUGGGGGCAGCCUCCAACUGACCAACCCUCAACCGUCCCAGACAGGCCUCUAUCACUGCCAGGACAGUGACAGUGCCCUCAUAGUGGAGUAUGAGCUUGAUUUUCAGGAUGUCACCGCCCUGCAUGUUACACACAAAGAUCUGGGCCAAAAGCCCCUUCAGAAUGAGACUCUGAGGCUGGGUAGCAGUGUACUCAUCUUCACCCACUGGGAGCCCUGGCAGGACUGUAACCGCUGUGGGGAGCCAGGCGAGCGGAAACGCGUGGGGUACUGCCACAUUGAGGAGCCCCUGGAGAAACCCAUGCCCUGUUGGCUCUAUCUGAGAGGGGAGAAGGUGCGAUACAGCCGCAUGCGGCCUGAGCUGCAGGUAGAAGCCUGCCUUGUACCUUGCGAUCACUUCAAGGAAACCAACCAGCCAUACUUCGUCUUUGACAUUUACCAGCUGGGCAAGUUGACCAACAACAUGUGGCUCACCUGCCCUUUGGCUUCCAUCUACAGGUGA